AUUAGGCCGCCGCUGCUGCGACCUGGGGAGAAUAGCCGGAAUGCAAUAUUCAGAGGACCGUGAUCACACCGUGGCGUCUGGUAGGUGUUCUGUGGUGGCGUUCGGGCAGGCAUAAAAAGAGACUGCGUAGCGGAGGGUUUCGCCCUGUCCGCUUAUGUUUGAUUUGUGAUCGUGUAGUGAACGUGCGUCAUUUGGCAACCACGCAUUCUGCUUGGCGCGCUCAACUGAAGUAGCUUGCCAGGAGCAGUUCUCAUGGAGGAGGGCAUUCUCUACUACUCUCUGUUGCUUCCUCUUACGGUGCCAGUGGCGAUGUUCUUCAUGUUCUGGGCGUGGAUGGGCUUUCAGGCCGUUAUCAGCAACUGAACAUCGCCCAGCAUGGAUUCUGGUACAGUUGGUGCGGAAGUGUUGGAUGCUGGAGAGCAUGGCAGUGCAGUGGUCGGUCCAUCGGAAUCUGAUGGAACUGACAUGGAGCAGACAGCCGAGCUUCAGGACCUUGGCAUAUCGGUGUUCAGUGGGGCGGAUUUGGAGCGGGGUGUCCUGGAAGAGAUGGAUCGCAUCGUCCAGCAAAAGGAGGCCGAGGAACGUAGGAAGGCCGCCGAGAAGAAGCUGCUCACCGUGCGCAAGGACAUCACUGCUGUAAAGAAGAAGAUUGAGCGCCUCGAGAAGAGUGUGAGUGUGCACCACCUGGCCGCGAGCCACCACAUAUCAUCGGUCCUGUUCACGACGCACCGUGAUCGAGAUGCCAAGAUGGAGGAGCUGCAGGAGCUGGAAGCGGAGGAGAAGAGGUUGCUUGCCAUAGAUUUUGAGGGGGGCAGCAGCGACAUCCCGAAACCCAAAGAGACUGAGGAGGAGAUGCUCAUUCGUACGGGCGAGAUGACACCGUUUGGCAGCACCGUUGCGCCCUCCUCCAGUCUGUGUGCUGCCCAGCCCUCGACCAGUGCACAGCUGGUGUCCCAGGUGCCACCUCCCCGCAAGAGGAAGAAGAAAGAACGGCUGGGCACGGUGACACGGCGCCGCUCGACAAUGCCACAGAAAAGCCGCCUGGAGGAGGAGUUCGUCGUUGAUCUUGAUGAGAGUGACUCUGAGGUUUCGGGGCAAUCUGAUGAAGAUUACCUACCCGAAUCCUUGGGCAGUGAUGAGGACUAUGCUGGUGACAUCGCUAUUGUAAAAGAGCGCAAGGGGCGACAGGCCAAGAAGGCGACCAGUGGACAACUCGAAGGACCACCUACAAAGCGGCUCAAGAAGCUAACAGAUGAUGGAAAUUAUGCGGCUUACCUCAAGAGGCUCAAGGAACAGCGGCGGCUGAAGCUUCUGGAGAAGCACAGGAGGAUCAUGGAGGAUGAGGACAGUGACUCCGAGAGCGCCGUUGAUGUGGACGAGGAAUUUUGUGUGCCCAAGAACAUCUGGAACAGGCUGUACAGGUACCAACAGACUGGUGUGCGGUGGCUGUGGGAGCUGCACCGGCAAGGUUGUGGAGGCAUCGUGGGAGACGAGAUGGGUCUGGGCAAGACCAUCCAGACCAUUGCCUUCCUGGCGGGGCUCAGGCACAGCCGGCUGCGCACACUGGGAGACAGUUUCACAGGCCUGGGCCCCGUGCUUCUUGUGUGCCCGACCACUGUGAUGCACCAGUGGGUGCGAGAGUUCCACUGCUGGUGCCCCCCGCUGCGUGUCGCCAUCCUGCAUGACUCGGGCUCCUUCUCUGGAAACAAGGUUUUUCUGGGUAUCCAUCUGGCACGAGACUAUCUCCAAAGGACAUGCGCACAACACGGACCGGGGCCUGCUCUGCAAUGGACGGCGGAUGUCAAGAACAACACGUGUGACACGGCUGAACUUCGCUUCAUCGUGCCAGCGUGGCUAUCUACGACUGUGACAUCACAUCACGUGCUGUAUUCAAGGGCUAUAAAAGCUCCCCCGGUUCCGUCGUUCGCCAGUGGACAUGGCUGCAGCACAACGGGCAACAUGCUGAGCAAUCCUUUUUGCUUUGUGGUUCAGGUUUUUCUGGGUAUCUAUCUGGCACCAGACUAUCUCCAAAGGACAUGCGCACAACACGGACCGGGGCCUGCUCUGCAAUGGACGGCGGAUGUCAAGAACAACACGUGUGACACAGCUGAACUUCACUUCAUCGUGCCAGCGUGGCUAUCUACGACUGUGAAGUCACAUCACGUGCCGUAUUCAAGGUCUAUAAAAGCUCCCCCGGUUGCGUCGUUCGCCAGUGGGCAUGGCUGCAGCACAACGGGCAACAUGGAGUCCCUGGUGAAGCAGAUGACCAAGGAGAACGGCGUGCUGGUCACCUCGUACGCCUGUGUCUCCAAGAUGUCUGGGCUGCUGCUCAAGCACGAGUGGCACUACGUGAUCCUGGACGAGGGCCACAAGAUCCGCAACCCUGACGCUCAGACUACGCUUGCCUGCAAACAGUUCCGUACCCCCCACCGGCUCAUCCUGUCUGGCUCGCCCAUUCAGAACAACCUGCGGGAGCUGUGGUCCCUGCUGGACUUUGUCUUUCCAGGCAAGCUGGGCACUCUGCCCGUUUUCAUGCAGGAGUUUGCCGUCCCCAUCACACAGGGGGGCUACUCCAAUGCCUCUGACGUCCAGGUGCGGACAGCAUACCGGUGUGCCACUGCCCUGCGGGACAGCAUCAAGCCGUACCUGCUGCGCCGCAUGAAGGAGGAUGUGCGCACCAACCUGCAGCUUCCCAACAAGAACGAGCAGGUGCUGUUCUGCCGCCUGACGGAUCACCAGAGGGAGCUCUAUCAACAGUAUCUCGACUCAGCAGAUGUUGCCAGCAUUCUGGUGGGAAGGCUUCAGGUGUUUGUGGGCCUGAUGAACCUGCGCAAGAUCUGCAACCACCCUGACCUGUAUGACGGGGGACCAAAAGUGUUUGCCGACACCGACGUUUCCACCCUGCCCCCCGAGAUGCGCUACGGGUUCCCUGGCCGCUCAGCAAAGAUGGCUGUCAUUGAAUCCUUGCUGCGGCUGUGGAAGAAGCAGAAUCACCGCGUGCUGCUGUUCACCCAGAGCCGCCAGAUGCUGGUGAUCCUGGAGCGCUUUGUCCAGGACCAGGGCUACAACUACAUGGUGAUGACUGGUGCCACGCCCAUUGCCUCCCGGCAGCCAUUCAUCAACAAGUUCAAUGGGGACCCGUCAGUGUUUGUGUUCCUGCUGACAACGAGGGUGGGUGGUCUGGGCGUCAACUUGACGGGUGCCGAUCGAGUGGUCAUCUACGAUCCCGACUGGAAUCCCAGCACAGACACGCAAGCCCGAGAGCGCGCUUGGCGCAUUGGCCAGCGUCGGGACGUCACCAUCUACCGCCUGCUGACGGCUGGCACCAUUGAAGAGAAAAUCUACCACAGGCAGAUCUUCAAGCAGUUCCUGACCAACCGAGUACUAAAGGACCCGAAGCAGCGACGUUUCUUCAAGACCAAUGACCUUUAUGAGCUUUUCACCCUCCCUGACGACAACAAGAAGCAGCGCACAGAGACGAGUGCCAUCUUUGCUGGCACUGGCUCGGAUGUCCAGCUCAAGAAGAGCAAGAAAAGUGGAGAAGACAGCCCUGUGAAGGGGUCGUCACAGGCAGGCAACGAAAGCACCAAAAUAGCCGACCCUGGAGCAGCAGAGGCGAAAGGUAGCACUGAACAAGGGCUUUUGAGCAAGGAGAAGAUCCGACAGAUGCGAGAGCUGGCGAGACAACUGAGCCAAAGAAUCGGCGCAGGUACCAAGAAGCCCGAAAAGAAGCCACACCACAAGCAACACAAGUCUAAGAAGAGCGUGGUGGAAGGCGAGAACAUCAGUGGUGUGGUGAAGCAAGCUGUGUUUAAGCCAGAAGUCACUGCAGAGCAGAGCCAGAAGCAGGAUGACUACGUGCUGCACAAGCUCUUCAAAAAGUCUGGCGUACACUCAGCCAUGCAGCACGAUGCCAUUGUGGAUUCAGCAGCUCCCGACUAUGCCCUGGUGGAAGGCGAAGCCGAGCGGGUUGCCCAGCAAGCCAUCCGACGGCUGCGAGAGUCUCGCAGGCGCUGCCUCGCUGCCGGGUCGGGAGUGCCCACCUGGACUGGACUGCACGGCUCAUCUGGUGCCCCCCCCAGGCCUCGUUUUGGCCCAAGAAUGGCUCAGUCAUCUCCGUUGAAGCGACCUGCGACAAAGCCAGGCUUACUUCUGGGGGAACCCAACGUGUUCACGCAAGAGGAGGCCUCGUCAGCUCCCGCAUCUUCGAGCGAGCUGCUAGCUUGCAUCCGAGCCAGGAAGCCGGCCGAGGAGUGCGAAGCUUUUCUGGACACAGGCGAGAGCAACUUUGACGAGCUGCUCUCAGAUCUGCAGACGUUUGUUGCCUUUGGAGCGAGUGUCGACGGCCAGGCAAGCACACAGGAAGUGCUGGCCGCAUUCAAGCACAAGGUGCAGGGAGGCACCAGUGCGUCGGUGUUCAAGGCCCUGCUCAGCAAGAUCUGCGAGUUUCAUCGACAGGAAGAUGGCCAAGGAGUCUGGAAGCUCCGGCCUGAGUUCCGAUAGCCACACUUUUUCAUUUCCGCACGUGCUGCCUCGUGCCAGCGCAUUCUAAUGUAGCUGCAUCGAGUAAAAGGCAUAAAACAGUAACUGUGAAAAGUAUGGCCGCAACUACUUGUUCUAUGCAACUUAUCUUGACAUUGGAGCAAAGGCUACACAGGCGGGGCUUCUGCACAUUCGUGUUGCUCUUAAAGUAGCAUGGCAGCGUGUGGCUGAUUUUGGGUUUGCUUGCUCACAUCUUCAAAGGUAUUCUAAAGACAAAUAAUAAGUUGAUGUUGAUUGCUGAAAUAUUGGUCCUCGUAGUGCUACGUUUGUGCCUAAGAAAUGUGUACACUCGAACUUCAUUAUAACUUGCAUCUUACAUGAAAACAAGUUCGUUAUAUCGAAAAACUUGCGAUAAAGGUUUAUUUUUAACACUAAAUCUAUUGCGAGACAAUUGUUUAUUUACUUCGUUAUAACCAAUAUUUCAUUAUAUCUGAAUUUGUCAUUUCGAAGUUUGGGUAUAUUUUGAGAAAAAGAAAUCUCGUUUUAGUGGUUCACUCAGUGUUAGUGCACUUAAAAUUACUCAUCUCAAAAUGGAGACUUUUAUGUGACUGUUGCCGUGCAAAAUGUUGCCUGGCUUUGCUGUGCGGCUGUCGAGGCUAGUAGCAGCUGAGUGAAAGUAGCGAGAGCCACAGCAGCAAGAACGGCCAUUGACAAUUUUCUGCUUGCUUGGUUCUACUGAGCCCUGCUAGACAACACCAGCUAUCCAGCCUAACCAGGCAAAAAUGAAAUUUUUAGACUAUUCGCCCCAUUACCCAUAGUAACUCCAGGCGAGUCGUUUUUUUCUUUUUUCUAUAAAUCAAACAGAAAUGGUCAAGCAGCAUUUUAUUACCUCUCUUGGUGCUACAAAGCUUUCUUUUUUUUAAUGCGACUAUUUUGAGUACUAGUGAUCAAUUGUAGACUCUCAUGUCAUUGGGAUCAUUUCGCGAAUGUAUCACGUGUGGCUCAUGUUGCGUGAUACAUUGAGCCUAAUUUCUUGGUAAGUAAGGCACUGCUUUUGACUGUUUUAGACGUUGUAAUACAUAGAACUUUCACUCUGGCAUAAAUUGCUAUUUGCCUUUAAUGUCAUUUAGAAAA